UUACAAUACUAGGCCCCCAAAAACCCUGUUAACCCUGUGGUUUCUUCACUUUAUAACCCUCUCAGCAUCUCAAAUCUCAAAACCCUAGCAUUCAGUAGCAGCAGCACAAAGAGCAGCCCUUCAUCUUCUUACUUUAAGGUAAUUCGAUUUAGUAGAAAAUGUCUCUCGGAGAAGUCGCAUGUACCUACGCUUGUUUGAUCCUCCACGAUGAGGACAUUCCCAUCACCGCAGAGAAGAUUUCAACACUUGUUAAAGCAGCAAAUGUGACUGUGGAGCCUUACUGGCCUCUAUUGUUUUCCAAGCUUGCUGAGAAGAGAAACCUCUCAGAUCUCAUCAUGAAUGUCGGUGCCGGAGGUGGUGGUGCCGCUGCCGUCGCCGCCCCUGUCGGUGGCGCCGCCGCUGGUGGUGCUGCUGCAGCUGCCCCUGCCGCUGAGGAGAAGAAGGAGGAGGCAAAGGAAGAAAGUGAUGACGAUAUGGGAUUCAGUUUGUUUGAUUAGAAAGCUUACUGUUAGUAUCUUUUGUUUCCAAAAAAUAUUGGUUAAGUUUUAGUUUUGAUGUUUGAGAUAUUCGGAAAGUGUAAGACUACAUGUAAUUUUGGGGGAGUUUAUGGACUCCUAAUGUUUUAGUUUUGAGCCAUUUUUGUCAUUUUAA